AUGCCCGCCUUCCCUACACGCCCACUCAAUGCUCGCCCCAAUCCUCUCGUCCAAAAAGUCCGGAAACACCCCUUUAUCUUCUUCGGACUGCCCUUCGUCGGCAUCAUCGUCGGCGCGUCCUUCGCGCUCCAAGCGUUCACUCAAACUCGCUAUGACUACCAUCAGACAAAGGUGCAGACGAUAGAAAAAGAGUCGGACCUGGGGAUGAAGGCGGACAGGAGAAAGGUGGAUUUGCGAGAAGAAUACUAUAGACUCAAUAACCCCGACGCUCUCCCAUCCACUCACAGUGCAUCUUCAGAACCAUCAUUAUCCUCUCUAGACGCCAGAUCUACCGCCAAGCCGUCGCGGAAGAAGUUCUCAAUGGCAGCCGUCUCGCAAGACGACUAUGAGCCCGUGCGUGUUCCCAGACCGCAAGGGGUGGCAGAGUGGGGAGCUGGGAAUGCCGUCGAGGAAGCGCCUCUAAAGGGAUAUAGGAAGGAGGAUAGAUGGGUUUAA